UUAGAUCCUCUUUUCAUGGAUCCAGAUUUGUCAUGUGGAACCCAUACAGGAAGCUGUGGUCAUGUAAUGCAUGCAGCCUGCUGGCAGAAGUACUUUGAAGCCAUGCAACUGAAUUCUCAACAGCGUCUUCAUGUUGAACAGAUUUUUGACUUAGAGAAUGGAGAGUACCUCUGCCCACUCUGCAAGUCUCUGUGCAACACUGUGAUUCCCAUUAUUCCUUUGCAGACUCAGAAAAUAAACAGUGAGGAUGCAGAGGCAGUAGCUCAAAUUCUGUCCCUGGCUAGGUGGUUGGAGAUUGUCAUGGCCAGGAUAUCGGGGUACAGUGCAAAAAACACUAAAGGAGAGAAGCAAAAUGCUCCAUGUUUAAUCAACGAAGGAAUGGGAGACUUCACUUCAGAAUUCCAUUCCAUCCUUAGUUUUGGAGUUCAGCCUUCAGCCAAAUACUCAAACAGUAUUAAGGAGAUGCUGGUUCUCUUUGCCACCACUGUUUACAGAGUUGGAUUAAAAGUUGCUCCCAAUGAGGCUGAUCCUCGCAUUCCUAUGAUGACUUGGAGCACGUGUGCUUUUACUAUCCAAUGUAUAGAAAACCUUCUAGAAGAUGAGGGCAAACCUUUAUUUGGAUCUCUGCAAAAUAGACAGCACAGUGGCCUUAAAGCAUUAGUGCAGUUUGCAGCUGCUCAGAGGACUACAUCACCACAAAGCCUGAUUCAGAAACAUCUGGUUCGUCUCCUAGCAGUUCUUCUGCCAAACUUAAAAAUGGAAGACACGCCAUCCAUUCUGGAUGUAGAUAUGUUUCACAUUUUGGUAGGUGCUGUGUUAGCAUUCCCAUCUUUAUAUUGGGAAGAUACUGUAGACUUACAACCUUCAUUUAUUAGCUCUGCUUAUAAUCACCUCUACCUCUUCCAUUUGGUCACUAUGGCACACAUAAUACAGAUCCUUCUGACCUCUGCAACAGAAUCCCCCACUGCUCAAUCACAAGAUAACAGUGAGGAGGCUCGUACUGCUGAGUCUUUCUGUAGAGAAGUUUGUCAGUACACGAGUGGCUGCUUUAGCCGUGAUGUUCCAGGCUGGCAUUUGUGGGAUUGUGUUAAGAAAGGGAUCACACCUUACCUUCGUUGUGCUGCUUUGUUUUUCCAUUACAUGCUGAGGGUGCCUCCUCCUGAGGACCUGCUGUUAGUUUCCGAGGAAGGAGAGUUCAAGGCACUCUGUAGUUAUCUAUCUCUACCCACCAAUCUGUUCCUGCUUUUCGAGGAAUAUUGGGGCACUGUAAGCCCCUUGCUCCAAAGGUGGUGUGCUGACCCUGCUGUACUAAGUUUUCUGAAAGGGAAAAACAUUUCAGUAAGAUAUCCAAGGAAAAGAAAUAAUUUGGUAGAGCUUCCAGAAGACUACAGCUGCCUCCUGAAUCAAGCCUCUCAGUUUAGGUGCCCACGGUCUUUUGAUGAUGAACGAAAGCACCCAAUGUUGUGUUUGUUCUGUGGCACCAUGCUAUGCUCCCAAAAUACCUGCUGCCAGGAGUUGGUGAAUGGGGAGGAGCUGGGAGCCUGUACCUCUCAUGCUCUCCAGUGUGGAGCUGGAGUGUGUAUGUUGCUCAAAAUCAGGGAGUGCAAAGUAGUCCUGAUAGAAGGUAAAACCAGAGGCUGCUUAUAUCCUGCUCCCUAUCUCGAUGAAUAUGGAGAAACAGACCCAGGCUUGAAAAGAGGCAAUCCCCUGCAUUUAUGUCAUGAACGUUACCGGAAAUUCCAUCUUCUAUGGCAGCAACACUGCAUCAUAGAGGAGAUUGCCAGGAGCCAGGAAACCAAUCAAAUCGUCUUUGGAUUCAACUGGCAGCUUCUCUGAGUACUAGCUUUUAAUUAAAUCCCAAUGACUAUGGAUGAUGUUUUGACAAAGGAAAAGGGGGAGUAUUACAGAGCCUUCUCUAAGGGUUCAGACACAUGACUGAUGCACUGAAACAAAAUAAUUCUCAUUUCACAGGUUUUCCUUUUUAAA